GUCGGGCUAGCUAGUAUGAUGAAAGGCAGUGGCACUUUCUAGUGGCAGUGUGUGAGUAUAGUAGUAAGCCAGAGAAGAGAAGCGGAACAGUAGGUUUUCCUGUUCCUGAUUGGUUUUUAUACAAAAUUCCUGAUUCAGGAUACAAAUUGACAUAAGGUUCAUUGCUGAAAAGAUAUCCAGGGAAUAAUAUGGCUGAAUUUACACCAGUAACCCAUGUAAUAUUUGAUUUGGAUGGCCUCUUAAUAGAUUCAGAAACAAUCUACAAGAAAAGUUUGGAUUUACUAUUGGAAAAGUAUGGCAAAGUGUACACAGAUGAAGUUAGGCUCAAGGUCAUGGGUACAAAAGAACAGGAUACUGUCAGAAUAUUGGUGGAAGAGCUGAAACUACCAGUGGAUGUAGAAGAAUUUAAUAAAGAAUACAUGAAUUGUAUAGUACCAACCCUUUCAGAUGUGGAGCUAAAACCAGGAGCAGAGAAAUUAGUCCACCAUUUCCACAAAAAUGGUGUGCCAUUGGCAAUGGCAACAAGCAGUGGCAUUGAAUCAUGUGAGAUAAAACUGAAGAGGUUCUCAGAGCUUAAGUCCUGCUUUCACCACAUAGUGAUGGGCAGUUCUGACAAAGAGGUUGUCAACGGUAAACCUGCCCCUGAUAUCUUCUUUUUGGCUGCUAAACGGUUUCCUGAUAAUCCAAGUCCGAACAAGUGCUUAGUGUUUGAAGACUCUUACAAUGGUGUCUUAGCUGCUAGGGCGGCCGGCAUGCAAGUGGUGAUGGUUCCAGAGGCAUUGGUGUCUGAAGAGAAGCGAAAAAAAGCAACUAUAGUGUAUGAAUCCUUAGAAGAUUUUGUACCUGAAAUCUUCGGGCUUCCUUCAUAUGAAAAAUAAUUUUAAGUUAAUGUAGUAUCCAUUUGAUAAAAUCAACUGUGUACUGGCACAAUAAACUCUAAGAGGGCUAUUUCAUCCAUAUACAGCAAGACUGUGAUAAUUCAAAUUGUGGCAGUCAUGAUUUAUUAGUCAUUAACAAUUUGUUAGAAGUUGUUAGACAUUACGGUUACCAUAUGCUUGCUGAAUGCAUUUUUUAUUACAUAUUUUUAUUAUAAAACAGACAGUUUGGUAUUC